GCCUGCGACCCGCGAUCGAUUUCCGUUUUUCCGCAACGACCUCGCGUUCUCGCCGCGAUCGGCCACUCCCUACAUCCACCGGCGUACAUCCUGCCGGUCAGAUGCUUUCGUUCGUCGGAUCGCGUUCGUCGCACGCAGGCUGCUCGCUCGCCUCGCUGGCUGAUUCUCCGACGGCCGACGGUGACAGCGAAAACACGGUGAUAAGACGCGCGAUAACGAGACGACGGUGACGAUGGCGAUGGCGAUGGCGAUGGCGAUGGCGGUGACGAUUCGCGUGCUAUGCACGACCAGUCUGUUCGCCGUCGUUCUGUCCAAUUCCGUCGAACGUUCUCCGCGCCCGACUAUCGGCAACGGUCGGACGCGGUACGCGAACGUGACGGGCGAGCUGCUGCUGGGAGGCCUGUUUCCCGUGCAUCGUAAAGGGAACAACGGCAAGAGUUGCGGCGAGAUACAGGGGGAAGACGGCGUUCAACCGUUGGAAGCGAUGCUGUACACGAUCGAACGUAUCAACGAGAAUCCGCGGAUACUUCCGGGCGUGCGACUCGGCGCGUUGGCGUUCGACACCUGCGAUCACCCGAUCUACGCUCUGGAGCAAGCGUUCUACUUCGUGAAGGGUUUCAUGGCGCGCGAGAACCGGUCCGUCGAGGAGGGAUACCGAUGCGCGGAUCGCAGCGUGGCAAAGUUCUUGAACGGGGAGUUGGAACGCGUGGUCGCGGUGCUCGGCGCUCAAUCGAGCUCCGUCACCAUCCAGGUUGGUAGCAUCGGCCGUCGACGAGAACGCGCGCGUUCCAGCCACUCGAGAUCCGACGGUUCGCAGGUAGCGUCGGUGCUGGCUCUGUUCCCGGUGCCGCAGAUCUCGUACAUGGCCACGUCGCCGUUUCUCAGCAGCAAGGAGAGAUUUCCACGGUUUUUCCGCACGGUUCCGAGCGACGUGAACCAGGCGCGAGCGAUGCUGGAAGUUCUUCGCCGGUUCGAAUGGUCGUACGUGUCGGUCGUUUACACGGACUCGGAGUACGGAGACCACGGAUACGAGACGCUGGCUUCCUUCGCCUCGGAGUACUCCAUAUGCUUCAGCGCGCCGCAUCGGAUCAGCGAAGAUCGUUUCACCGACGACGAUUACGACAACGUGGUGCGCACGAUCGCCGAGAAGACGGACGUGCGAGUGGUGGUGUUGUUCGCGGAAAAGUCGACCACUCUGCGGGUGCUGGAGGCGGCGAGACGCGUCGGCGUCGGCUCGCGAUUCGUUUGGCUGGGCAGCGACUCGUGGCCGGAUAAUCGCGACGUGGAGACACGAGAAACCGCGGUGUUGGAGGGUGCUCUCGCGGUUCAACCGCUGUACGCGCCGCUCUCCGGCUUCGACGAUUACUUUACGGGGUUGACGCUCGACCACGAGCGCAGCAAUCCUUGGUUCCGAGAGUUUUGGCGAACCUAUCACAACUGCACCGACGACGAGUUAGAGGCAACGACGAUCGCUGCCACUUCCGGCGGGCGGCACGUCGACUGCCAAGAUCCGAGAUUAAGGAUCGAGCGAAGCACCGGCUACAAGCAGCGCAGAUUUCUGCAUUUCGUUCGAGACGCUGUGUACGCGGUGGCUCACGCUCUUCACAACAUGCGAACGGAGGUUUGCGGCCAAGGUUCGAUCGGACUUUGCGACGAGAUGCGUCCACCCAACAUGGACGCGUUCUUCGAAUACCUAACCAACGUGUCUUUCAAAGACGAAGCUGGCAACGCAUUCGAAUUCGUGGAUGCGGUCGACGGACCUCCGAGAUACUCCAUCCUGAAUUAUCAGCGCAAGGCAAACGGUUUCUAUCACUGGGCGGUCAUCGGCAACUACACGCGUAAGACUAUCUACUAUCUGUCUCUCUUCCUCUCUCUCUCUCUCUCUCUCUCUUUCUCUCUCUUUUCUUCAGAGAGAGAGAGAGAGAGGAUGAAAGAGACGAAUAAACGGAAAGACGCGUACGGGAUUGCACGCAGUGAACGAAAACGGGCAAGCGGUGUUGCGGCUGGAUCGGGACAAGUUGUGGUUUCGAGACGAACGGCCCGGCGAUUUUCCGACGUCGUCGUGUUCCCGGCCGUGCGGCUCGAAUCGAAUCAUGGUGAGAAGCAAAGAGGACCCGUGCUGCUGGAGGUGUCAAAGCUGCGGUUUCUAUCGAUACAAGGUGGACGAGCUGAGAUGCGAAGAGUGCGAGCCGGGAACGAUUCCGACGAGGAACGGGUCUGGCUGCGAACCUAUCCCCGAACAGUUCGUCGACUAUUCGAAUCCGUGGGCGAUCGUCGCGAUGACGGUAGCCGUUUCCGGUAUGGCACUGACCGCGUUCGUCUGCUCGGUGUUUUGGAUCUAUCGGCAUACACCGAUGAUCAAAGCGUCCGGUCGAGAGCUGUCGUUUCUGUUGCUGGUCGGCGCGUUCGGCUGCUUCUCGAUGACGUUCGCCGUGGUGUCCAAGCCCAGCGUGGAAAGUUGCGCCGUGGUGCGAUUCGGCAUCGGAUUCUGCUACACCGUCUGCUACGCCGCGCUCUCCACCAAGAUCAAUCGAAUUCACAGGAUAUUCAACGAUCCCGGUCGCAGUCCCCGCAAACGACGGUUCACCAGCCCGAGAUCUCAGCUGACGAUCGCGUCGAUUCUCGUUCUGGUGGAGAUCGCGUUCGACGUCGGCUGGCUGCUCAAGGAACCACCGGCGAUCCAGCGCUCGUAUCCCAGCAGGGACGCGAACGUAAGAGUGUGUCGGGGCUCCGAAGACGGCUCCUACGUGAUCGGUUUGAUCUACCCGUUCCUGUUGACCGUCGCGUCCACGUUCUACGCGAUCAAGACGAGAAAGUGCCCGGAGGGAUUCAACGAGACCCGACGCAUCGCGUUCGCCAAUUACGCGACGAUCGUGCUGUGGCUGGCGUUCGUGCCCCUCUACUUGGCCUCCACGAGCAACGUCGUCAGGGUAAUCACUCUGGCGUUGUCGCUGUCGCUGAACGGACUGGUCCAGCUGCUCUGCCUGUUUCUCCCGAAGGUCUACGUGGUGCUGAUCAAACCGGAGAAGAACACGAGAGAGCUGGUGAUGGCCAGGCACUCGUCUCACCCGACGACGCCCGGUACGCCGAUCACGCCGGAGCUCGUGUCCGCCUCGCCGUCGUUCGUCGGCGAUCGAUCGAAACCGGUCGUCGGCGACUCUCUCCGGUUCGAGCAAAUUUCCGCCUAACGCGCCGCUAGA